GAGAAGUGUGUAUCAACACAUGUUAGAAAGGGAUAGAAGCCAGCUGAAGAGCGAAGGUUGUGUUACACCAGAAAAUGUUCGCACAGACUCCUACAAAAGGUCGCAGUCAGCAUGAAGUACUUACACGCUGUACCUGUACUACUUCUUCUGCUAGUAGUCACAGACACAUACGCAACAGAAAAAACAAAGAAACAUAAGAAGUACAGGAGGAAGCCUGCUUCAGCUCCGAACCCAGUAGAAAAUGAAGUGAAAAUUGAGGAGGAUGACGAAAAAGCGGCAGGUAUGCCACCUCUAGCAGCUGGUGGGGAUAUUGUGGAAGACAGUAAAGUUCCUCUGAUUGACCCAUGCCUGGAGGUACAUUGUGGAGCAGGACGCGUUUGUCAAGUAGACGAAACUGGCGAGCCGGACUGCGUGUGUAUCCCCAACUGCCCCGUGGAGACAGAGUCCCGACGCAAGGUGUGCUCCAAUCACAACGAAACCUGGACCUCGGACUGUGCCAUCUAUCAACAGCGCUGCCUGUGCGACAAGGGCGAUGACAAAUGCAAAGGGCCCCAGUACAAGCAUGUGCACAUUGAGUAUUACGGGGAGUGUAGGGAUAUGCCAGAAUGUACCAAAGAAGAAAUGGCCGACUUCCCACGCAGGAUGCGCGACUGGCUCUUCAACAUCAUGAGAGAUUUGGCAGACCGCCAGGAACUGACUCCACACUAUCUGAACCUGGAACGUGAGGCUGAAUCAAACAUGACACGUCGCUGGACAAAUGCCGCAAUCUGGAAAUUCUGUGAGCUAGAUGGACAUCCACCAGACAGAUCUGUAUCUCGUCACGAACUGUUCCCUAUUCGAGCUCCAUUAAUGUCACUGGAACACUGCAUUGCUCCAUUCCUGGACUCCUGUGACAUUGAUGAUAACCAUAGAAUCACCAUCAAGGAAUGGGCCAAAUGUUUGGAACUUCAAGAGGAUGAAAUUGAGGACAGGUGUGAGGAGAUCACUGAACCUGAUGAAGGAGAAUAAAAUGGAGAAUUAUCAGUUAGAAAUCGAUAAUAUAUUGAUACCUUAUUUUUAUAUGUUUGUAGAUUUUAAGUAAAUUGCAGAAUAGAAUGGUGCUGUACAUAAACAUAAUUGAAUAAGAUCAGUAGAUCACACAUUUAAAAGUAGUUAUAUGCCCUAUGCUCAUUAGAAUGCUGCGAAACAGCCAAGAUUACAGUAGAAUCAUAAUUUGUUCGAGUAAUGGUCAAUUUUAUUCUUCCAUAGCCUUUCAAUUUAUGAUUACCAGACCAUCAAUUCAGUUACAGUAAAUAACAGAGGCUAAGCAUUCCGAUGGGUAUGCGGUACAUGUGCUUAAUUAAACAUAGUUCUUAUUAACUAAUUACAUUUAUAACACUGCCAUCACCAAUAUAUAUACAUUAAGUAUAUUUUUGUAUAGAUAUUUCAACCCUUAUGCGAGUAUUUUCUGUAAAUAACAAUAUAAAUACAUUUUCCUAGAAGCUG